ACAGUCGUUCGUGCGUGAAUGGUGUAAUUAACAUUAAAUCAAGUCUCUGUCUUUUUAUGGUAAAUACAAUCGAGCUUAUAGUCAACUACUAACAGUAUGUGUGUCGUAAUGUCAUGAAUGCAUUUGUGCAAUACUGUUCUGAUGGAACACGGUGACAAUCUGAGCAUAUAGUGAAUCAUCUGGGCUGUGCAUCUUGCUGUAAGUAACAGCAGUCAUCCCUGACCGCGGCCUUUACAUUGUCUCGUGUUACAAUAAGAAGAAGGUUUGAAGUAUUAGACGGAGGUUUAAAGUGUUAGUAAAGCGAAGACUUCAAUACGAUAUUACUCAAAAGAUCAAUGUAGUGGAUGGUGACUAUAUAGUAACUAUAAUAAAUCGUUUUGUAGUAAUUAUAAAGUGAACAAUUGAGCAAGGUGUCUGUUUAGUGAAUGUUGGUAGGAGGGAGAGAGAUCUAUACGAUAUCUGUUUAUAUCGGUGUAUACACUCAGUGUUUGUUCGUGGGUUAUUAACAUGAUGUUUACAAUAUCUUAAUUAUAAGAAGACAUAUCGGCCGACUGUUAUUGUUGAUAUUUAAUCAGGAUAGGUCGACUGUGAUCUACGUUUAUAGAAAUGAUUAACCUAUGGGAUAUUCUAACACCAUUUACUGAUGUAACAACCAUUUUACUGACUCUUGUCUUUCUACUAGUUAUUGGAUAUGUCAUCUCAAUGCAGGAACGAUCUGGGAUACCUCCUGGACCACCAUAUUGGCCAAUUGUGGGAAACAUGCUCGAUAUGCGAGGCAAACGAGUAGGUAAGAGACAUAAAUAUUAUGCAGAACUGCAAGAAAAAUAUGGCGACAUUUUUCGAAUUUAUUUCGGUAACCAGUUGUUGGUAGUUUUAAACGAUUUCGAAUCUAUCGAGGAAGCUUUUGUGAAGCAAAAGGAUCUGUUCAGUUCGCGACCAGUAGAUAAGCUUUGGGGAAUUCAACAGGCUGUAAAAGACGGAAAGGGAGUCCUCUGGGCGAGUGGACAAGAAUGGAAAGAAGAGAGAAGAAUGACAGUUCGUGCACUUCGGGACCUAGGAGUCGGGAAGACUACUCUCGAGGAUAGGAUUAAGGAAGAAGCUAAAAUCAUUUUAGGCUAUGUAACAGCACACGAAGGAAAGCCAUUUAUUGUUCAUGAUUUAAUGAUGAAAGCUACAACCAAUAUCGUCAGUACAGUUGUAUUUGGUAAAAGAUAUGAUUAUAGCGAUCCUGAUUUUCUUCAAAUCAUUAAAGUUCUACAGAUAAAUUUCAAGGGAGAGAUGACCUUUUUUUCACCUAUUCAUCAGUUUCCCAUGCUUCGUUUCAUUCCAGUCCUGGCUGCGAAAAUAUUGACUGCUCGAAAUUCUAUCGAGAAGGUGAAACAGUUUAUUGUUGAGCGUAUUGAGGAACACAAAGAAGUUUUCGACAAAAGCGACAUAAAGGAUUUUAUUGAUGUUCACUUGGAUAUGUGUGCUAAUGGCGCAUCCGAUGUCACCAGUGAAGGCAACACGAAAAGAACCAUUUUAAGUCUAUUUGCUGCUGGAUCAGACACGACAGCUACCACCCUCGAUUGGACAUUGCUCUAUAUGAUCCUUCAUACGGAAGUCCAGAAGAAAUGCCAAGAGGAAAUCGACAGUGUGGUCGGUGAUAGUCGUAUGGUUGGUUGGUCUGAUAAGUCUAAAAUGCCGUACAACGAAGCAACACUUCUUGAAGUACAACGGAUAGCAAACGCAGUGCCCACUACAGCUCCCCACACAACGGACAAAGAUGCCGUAGUAAAAGGAUUCCUAAUCCCACAAGGUUCUUUGGUUUAUGGAAAUUUGUACGCAUGCCACCUUGAUUCUAGAUACUGGAAGGAACCUUUACAGUUUAAACCAGAACGCUUCCUUGAUGGUUCAGGGACGAUAUCCAAACAAACUGCUGCUACAUUAAUACCCUUUUCAACAGGUCCACGGAUAUGUGUUGGUGAAUCACUGGCUAGAAUGGAAAUAUUUCUUUUUUUCACAAAUCUCCUACAGAGGUUUUCAUUCUCGACCUCCGGCAGUGAGAAACCCAGUACUGAUGGAAUAUGUGGAUUGAGUAUGUCCACACCAGAAUAUACCCUAACUGCCACGCCUCGAUAAGAUUUCAGUUAACUCUAAAAACAAAUUAUUUGUUGGUGUAAUUUGCUAAUCGUUUUAUUGCAACUCACAUUUGCUCUUCGCCACCCAUAUCCACCGGUCCACCGUUGCUUGUACUCGCACUAAAAGAGUUUGUUCUCCGCCGAUUUUCAGAAAUAGUAUUGCGUUGCAGAAUGACCCUAUUCACACAAGUAGUACCAGAUUGAUGUAUUCUGACUAAUUCAUAACUUGAAACCUAGAUUUAACUGUUACCAAUAUGAUAUAUCACAGGUGAUGGGCGGCUGAAAUAAGACUUUCUGUGCAUUAACUGUGAUUAACGCUUAAAUAUUUAUCUUAAAGAUUAUGUAGGUAAGAUUGUGUACCGUUUUGUAGAUAUUGCUAUAUAAACAUAGUAGUUUGUAGUUUCAUUGUUUUUUGUAAAUUUACAUGAUGUGAAAUAAGUUGUUGAUUAAAAUAUCGUAGUCCUUAUGCAGUUGAGCUUGACUGAUAAGGUUGGUUAUUAAAGGUUAAUUGGUGGGCGUGUUACCUUGUCAGACAAGUUAAUUGGUGGGCGUGUUACCUUGUCAGACAAAUUAAUCAGUGGGCGUGUUACCUUGUCAGACAAGCUAAUUGUUUAGAUAUGAUUUGUUGAUUUGACUUUAUAUCCAGAUUAGUAUAAAAUCUUAUUGUAUAACACAGUUCUCAUAAUAAAUAAAAUAUACCAGCUUUC